AGUCUAUCGCAGCCACAAUUAUUACUAUAGGCUCUCUCAAGGAACGUACUAAAGAGGAAGGGAAAAACACAUCCACGCUGCUUCCUCUUCCUCUUCAAUUCUCUGCCACGUCGAAUCGUUCUUUCAGUUGAGUAGCGUUUUGUUUUUUGUUUUUAGAGGGAUCCUCAUUUGACCUCAUCUACCUGACCUUCUUGCUGGAUUUCUGCCGCAGGUCUUUUCCUUUGCUCUGAACGCAUCUCUCUCUCUCUCUCUCGCUGGGUGUGUGCUUUUGGGUCCCAGCCUGCGUUUCCUGCUGACUUCACACUGCGUUUGCUGCCAACUCUCUCCAUAAUCUGCUUCUUUUUAUUGUUCCGUUUCUUUGUACUUCGCCAGACCCUACGGCGCUAUUCUAUGUAAACCUGCAUAAAAAUUUUCUCUCUUUGCUGUUACCCGCCGUUGUGGACGUGCGCCACUCUCUAAUGCUUAACGUAGCUAUCCACAGCGCCGCCUAACUUCGUGUGCCUCUUUUCGUUUUGCGGUGGUUGACGAGUGCAGUUCAUCUCGCCGUGUUGACACACACUCAACCACCACAACGCAGAGGGCAUCUCCCCAACUGUGUAUAUACAUACCUACGUACAUAUUUAUCCAACCAGCGCGUGCUUUCGUUUGAGAAGAAACGAAAUCGAGCGUUCCACAACGCAGCGGAAACGCGCAGAGCCGCACCGGAUCUUUCCCCGUCUCCAGUCAAGAAAUGCGACCCCCCGUCGUUGCCCAGAAACGGGGGUCAUCGCUGGUGCAGCGACCUCCGCUUGGCACCAGUGCUGCGGCCACGUCCCCCACGACGGCCAAAGCCAAAAAGAACAACAGCGGCGUCAAAGCACGGGCAGCACCCGUCACCGCGGCAGCGAGGCGCAUCGCAGCGAAGGGAACGUCUCUGCGGACGCGCAUGCCCUAUCUACGGCCCAACGCGUCCCCCGUGCCCACCACGCCAACGGAGGCGAAGGCGCACCUGCCCCCGCGCCCGCCCCCGCGCUCCUUUUCUUCAAGCGCCAGCACACAUGGGUUUGCGCCGUGGCUCAAGGACUCCUUCACCGCUAUCCCUGAGGCGUUGCAGCAGAUCAAGAAGGUGUGCAACGCCUCGAGGGACUCGACGGACAGGGAUUCGAGUGUUGUGGCGGGCAACACCAAUGCUCGAGAGCGUCGUCUCAGCCGGUCCCCCAGCGUGGCGGGCGGUAAAGGCAGCAACGCGAAGGAGGAUGCCACGAUGGUGGUUCAGAACAUCGAGGAAAUUCAGGGGAUGCUCUUCUCCUCCUUACAGGCGGCCACCGCAGUAGAGGCCCUCGCGCCGCUGGCCCCGCCGCACGACGCCGCCGCCGGCUCGCAUUUCCAGCGCAGCAAGUCGUGCAACGCACAGCUGGAGUCCCCCCUCAUUUCCACCGCCUCCGGGUUCUUCCUGUCGCGUAAGGACCGCCGCAAGGCGUGGACGCUGCUGCUGCACAAGAACACGCACGCGUUCCCGAUUCUCGUGAACGCAGCCCGCUCUCCGCUGGCGACGCGGGAGGCGCAGGUGGUGGCGACGAUCUUGACGUUCGUGUACAACGUGCUUCGCCAUAUGGCGGGGGAGCGGCAACGCAGGGCAGUGCUGCUGUGCGAGAAGCUCGGCCUGCUGCGCGUCUGCACCGCCGUGUUACAGGAGUGCCGGCGACGGCUGCAGUGUGAAACGACGACGACGGCUGCCCGCGCGUCGUGCCUGCGUGCGUGCGAGGCGGCGGGUCUUCUCUUCACGUUGGGCCACACCUUCAACGUGAAGCUCUCCGCCGCCUUUCGACUGUCGCAGAGCCUCGACUGUACCCUCGCCUGCGCCUUCUCCAUCUUCGCGGUCGUGGAGGCGGAGUUCGCGGCGUUUCAGCAGACCGUGUCGCUGCUUGGGCCGGGCAAGAGCCUGCGGGAGAUGACGAAAGCGUACGCCAAGGCACACACCCGUAAAGAUACCCUCAAGGCCUUACGUGCUUUUCAGGCCCGCUCGCAGUGGUCCGUCGCCGCUUUCUCUCACUUCUGCUUCACGUUGUUCGUCUUUACCGGCAACGCGGCGUCCGCGAAGGAGUUGGGCAGCCGGGGUGCCGAUGUGUGCGCAACGGCCAUCGCCAUGACGACCUACUUUCUCUCGCAGGUGGCCCCCGUGCUGCUGACGAAUGUGGUGUACGAACGACAGGAGGAGACGCUGCACCCUACCGUGGGUCCGCUCGUGGCGAUCGACCACACCCAUUGGGCCCCGGCGUGGGUGGUGAAGAUGCUGCGCCAUGUGGAGCUGAUGCUGCUCUGGUGCGUCGCGCUGCUUCACCGCCUCGGCAGCUGCGACAAGGUGCAAUGUGAGGUCUCCGCACUGGCGCUGCGCUUGCACGUGCCGCGCGGGUGCUUGAUCUUUCUCGCACCCCCGUCCGAAGUGGCUACGCAGCUGGCGCCACGCCGGGAGUGCGUUCACGUUGUGCUGAUGCUCCUCAGCACCCUUUUUGAAGCAGAUCGUGCGGGUGCAUUGGUGGAUAUAAGCGACUUUGGCGGACUGAAGUCGCUCGUGACGAGCGUCCUCGCGCUGAGCGAGACGGCGGCGCAGCAGUGGCAUCACUACUACAUCCAAAUGGCGACCAUUUACGGCUGCCUACAACUGCCGGCCCUCGCGGGGCGCUCCUCGUGCUACGUUGAUCAACGCAUUCCCGUGGCGCUGCGGCGUUUCCAUUCCACCUCGCAAGAGACGACAAGAGCAACGGUGGCCUCUGCGGCGAGGGACUUCAAGAGUGGAAACGACAGCACGAGCACCUCGCAGACGGGGAAUCUGACGGCUGCCUUGUCCGCUGUUGCACCGCUGUCCUCUCCCUGCGCCGCGGCACUGUCCGUUGAUGAAGCCCACGCGCGGCAUGACGGCGGCAGCAACGCGUCCUCGCACACGAACACGACGGGAACGCAGUGCCUCAGUGCCGCAGAGCAGUUCACCAGCGUGCCGGAUGCCGUGCUGAGUCCGCUGCUGUCCCACUUUGGUGCCGCGCAGGGCGGCGACAUGGAAGACGGGCUGCUGCUGGUGGAUACGAAGCCGAGUCUUUUCUCGCCAGAGCUUCACCACGGCACCGUCGAUGCCGCCUCCGCGCUGAGUGAGUUCAGCGAGGGACAGUUGCCGUGGCCUUUCACAGAUGCAGCCCCACCCACCACGGCGGAACACUGGCAGGGCAAGCCCAUUCACGUAAAAAGCGUCAGCGAGGACGAGCACCUUCAAGUUCCACUGAAGGAGGUCCCGCAGGAGGAUCGAGUGCGAGUGCUGCGUCACCACAUCGCCCGACUUGCCCAACUGGACGAGACGGCGUGCGACGCCACCUGCAACCCGCACGUCUACAAGGUGGUGUAUGAGCGCAGAAGCAGCGCAGGCCCUGCUGUGACCGACGCCGCCGUGCAGCCGAGCCACGACGGCAUUGGCUUCUUUUCCGACUACGAAGGCGGCAAUUUGCAGCGCGUGGUGGAGGUGGCGGACAACGAGUUUGACCUGGUCCUCGCGUGGGAUACCGCGACGAACUCCUACACGCAGUGGUUCAACUUCGGCGUACGCGGCUUCGCCCCGGGCAAAACCUACCACUUCAACAUCCUCAACAUGGAAAAGCAAGGAUCUACCUUCAACGACGGGCAGAAGCCGCUGCUGCUGCACGUGCCGGAGAGCAGCAGAGGCAGUCCGAACAAGGGCACCAAGAAGCCGUGUGCGCCGCCACACUGGCAGCGUGCGGGGCACAACAUCUUCUACUUCCGCAACACCUACGAGCGACCGGUGCGCACGCACUUCUUCACGAAGGACGCGGAGAGCGGCGGCGGCAGUGCCGCGUCUGCCCACGCGUCGCCGGUUGCAAAUGCACCGCAGCGGUUUUUCCCCACUCGAGCCAACGCCGGCGGCACGGCUGCGCGGACGCUGCCUUCGCGCACACCGCCGCCGCCACCACCGGUCGUGGCGAAGCGACGAACGCCCACGCCGGCCCUCGCGUCCCCCGCUGGACGCAGUGCCACCAGCGGCAACAGCAACGAAGACGACAGCGACGGGGGAGGUAAAAAGCAGAAGAACUACUUCACGGUGACGUUUUCGGUGACGAUGCCGGCGGAGGCGUCAGGGCGGGUGUACCUGGCGAACUGCUUCCCUUUUUCGUAUACGGAGUUGCGGCAGCACGUGUCGUGGUUGGCGGCGCAGAUGCAGUCCAGCUUCACGCCCGCCCUGCGUGCGCAGACGCUUUGUGUGACGCCGGGAGGGUUGGAGGUGCCGCUGCUGACGGUGACGGCGCUGCACCGCCGCGGCUCGGAGGAGCCCUACACGAUGGACGAAAUACGACGUCGCCCCAUUGCCCUUUUGGUCGCCCGCGUGCACCCUGGUGAGACGAACGCCAGCUGGGUGAUGCAGGGCCUGCUGGACGCUCUGCUGCGACCGUCGGCCGCCGCUGCGGCGUGGUCGGCGCUAUUGUGCGAAACUUUCGUGUUUAAAGUUGUGCCGAUGCUGAACGUGGAUGGUGUGAUGAUGGGCAACCACCGCUGCUCCUUUGCGGGCAUGGACAUGAACCGCGACUACCUCGCGCCCAAGGCGGAGCUGAAUCCCACCUUGUACGCGUUGAAGCAGUUGCUGCGGUACUGGAGACAGGAGGAAGGCAGACAGACGGUCAUGUUUGCCGACUUCCACGGGCACUCCCGUGCGAAGAACUUUCUCGUGUACGGGUGCACGUCCGAGACGAUGAAGGGUGUCGCCCAUCACCUGGGCGGGAGAGACGAGAGGGCAAAAGGUCGCGGUAGCGAUUCCACCGGUGACGGUGGUGGCCGCCGGCGACGCGUGCGGGUGCGCCAGACGUCAACCGACGCCCCAUUGGGACCGGAGAAACUCCUCGCCGUGCUGCUCAACUCUCUCUUUCCUUCCUUCUCCCUCUCGCAGAGCUCGUAUGCGGUGACCAAGGACAAGAUCAGCUCCGCGCGCAUCGUGCUGUACGACGAGUUCGGUGUCCGCAUGAGCUACGGCUUUGAGGGGACCAUGGUUGGUGGCCGUGUCAGCCUGCCGGACCUGCUAGUGCCCCUCACCGAUGCAGCGAGCACAGCAGGCACGCUGUGGAAAGAGGAGGUGCACUACAGCCCAACCGUUUUCCGCGCCAUGGGCGACGCCUUUGUUCGCGCUGUCGCAAUUCUGGCGGAGCAAUGGAUCGCCGUAACGACGGCAGCCGCUGCCGCACCCACAAGCGACGGCGGCAGCGGCAACGUGAGCAACGUGAGCAGCGAGAAGCUUCGCAAGAGCGGCAUAGGGGCGCGGUGUGGCUGCAGUGCGGAGGUGAUGCAGGCGCUGUGGGGCGCCACCGCCGCAGCGGGGAGCGGGCGCGAUGCCCCGAGGAGUCGGCGCGAAGAGCUGGCCAAGGACAUCGCGUCAUCGGAGCCGCGGGCAGGACCGUACGCGAUUGCCACCCGCAGUGAUCGACGGCAAGGCAACGCCUCGUCCUCUCACGCCAGCGCAACCGCCAGCAACACCACCGUGCACGACGCUGCGACGCACCCACCUGCCGUGUCCGCGGCUGGGCAGCUGGACGCGCUCAACUAUCUCUUUCUCGCGCACCAGCGUGAGACGGCCGUGCAGGAGGGCGACGACGGCGACAACGCCGAAGACGACGCCGACCAGCGCACCGUCGACGGCAGCGAGGUGUGGAGUGUGGCGGAGGGGAGCGAUACGGAGGUGGUGGGCAAGGCCGGGAAGCAGGACCGAGAGAAGAGGGCUAAUCGCGGUGACAACUCGGACACGGGUGACCGCAGUCCCUCCUCCUCCUCCUCCGACUCUGGCAGCGACGAUCACGACUGGUCGGGGUUUAACUCGUCUGCGAGCAGCGCCGAGGAGGACAUUGACGUGGAGCGCAGCAGCGCCAGCAGUGUGGACGACGAAAUCCCCACAAACCUGUUCUUAUAG